CUGCUCGUGUAUGACACCACCCGCAUGAGGUCGCUCAUCUCCAAGUCGGUCGUCAUCGGCGACGACGAUGCCGACGAGUAUCCGUGGCGACAGAACGCAAACAAGUACUACGUGCACAUCGCCCUCAGCCUGUUCCUGUUCGUCUGGUUCCUCCUGGGGAACUACUGGGUGUUCUCUGUGUUCCAGCCCAACUUCAUCACACCCUUCCACCAGCCACAGGACUACUGCAGGAAGUCUCUGUACCUGUUUGCUGUGUUUGUGUUGGCGCUCAGCCACACCGUGCUGGUCCUACUGCUCUGCUGUGGGGUCUGUCUACGCGUCUGCUCUCAGACCAGCACCAGGGACGACUAUGGGGAUAGUGAUGACGACUGAGUGACUGACUGGCUGGCUGGAUGAUUGAUUCAGAGAAGCA